CUGACGACUAAUCAUUUUGAUUGGCUACUUAACUUCGAGCCCCGCCUCUUUGAUGGACAUAUCAGUUGUCCUCUGGUCGAGUUUGCCCAAGAAAAACUUGAACGCUUCGUAGGAUAAAAUGAUCAAUUGGAAGGCUUUGGACAACGUACCUGUACUCUUGUACAUUUUAGCCCUGAAGACAUUGAUCCUAUGUUUGGCCUUUGCUGGGGUGAAGAUCUACCAGAGUAAGAAGGCCGAGGCAGCUCUCAAGCAGCAGCAGGCCGAGAGGAGGAAGUUGGCCCAGAGGACACAGGAGCUUAUCGAUAACAUGAAGGAAGACUAAGACGACUUGCUAAAUGCUGGGCCAAGCACUACAUUGUGACGGACUUGCCCGACUGCAACAUAAAGUACUCAACACGUCACUUUGAUACUUUUGCUCCUGUGUUCAAAAUGAAAUCACUUAACACAAAAGUAUUUAUUGAGUUUUAUAAUCUUUUCAUUUGUAGUGAAAUGGAUAAAACAUUGUUCAACACC